GUCGGAACUCGGGGUCAUUUCCUGGGAGAAACAAGAUGGUGCUAGAAUUCACAUCUGUGAAUUAACAUUAUCGUUACAUAUUUAUUUCGCGUUUAUCAAUUACUUGUUAAAGAAAGUCAAGUAAAUUUCAACCGAGAACGAAAAAUAAGCAAACGCGGUUUUCAAUAUCCGAGAUAGGAUUUAUUUGUUUAAAACAAAAAAAUAAGAAAAAUAAAAAUGCAAGGUAUCAGUAUGGUAGAACGACUCGGAUUAGGUCCUGAAGUCCGCGAACUCAAACUUGGUCCCAGUUUUAUGAGCAGCAGUUCCAAGUUUCACACCCUGAAAUAUGAUUUUAAGCCUGCGAGUGUUGAAAAUUCCAAAGUGGCCAAAGUUGAUGUGGGUUCAGAUAAUACAAUAACAGUCACAGUUCCCCAUUUGGAUGGUGCUGGUGCUCCCCAAACUGUGUUUAGAGGUUCUCAAAGACCUUAUAAUAAAGAAUAUGUUUUAAUAGUUGAUAAGAAUACUGGAGAUAUUACAUUGGAGAAGUUAACUGCAAAUAUUCAAGUUAAAAAGACACGAGCGGAGCCUAAACGACAAGGUAAUGGUAACUCUGCACCUGUUGAGGUCAAAAGAAGCCCUACGUAUGGCAGGGCUCAUGGCAGAACUAAAGUUAUCAGUGGAAAAAAGAAAGAACCUUUGCUUCAAUUGCAUCCAAAACAGAGUCCGCAACAGGCAUCACCAUAUGAUAAAAGAAGUCCACCCAAUACAUCUACCAAUAAUUUGUCACCUGUGCGACCGUCAAAUGGACAAUCAACCUUGGCCAGCUUGCCUAUGAUUGGUGACAAUGAUGAUUUUGCGCUGUCUACACCAAUGGUGCCUGUAUCUACACCAAUCAUAACUGUUUCUCCGCCAGGUCAAAUACCAAAUACAAAAUCGACUACCUUAGAAAGUGAUUCCAGUUCAAGCGGUUCAAGUUCCGAUAGUUCAAGCAGUGAUUACGAAACUGAGAAUGUCCCAGUGCCAACACAGACUAAUGGAUAUUUAAAUGGUACAACAGCGUCGCCUACCUUGUUCAUGUCGGAUAAUCUCUUAAAUGAUGAUCUACAGUUAUCGGAAUCAGAAUCUGAUUAAUAGUGAUUUGUCGAUAGAAUUAAAUUGUUUAAACAGUCACUUUAUUAUUUGCGUUUAACAGUAUCUCUGUUAAUAAUACAUAUAAUAAUAAUUACGAUUAAAAAAAUC